AUGAAGUUAAAUUUCCACAGGCGCAACUUAUCGGAACCUUCCACGACUGGGAAUAAUGGCAACGGGCCUGCGAGCCGUAGCCAGCUUCCUAUGCUAGCGUCCCCGGAUAAGACACGAUGGAAUUUGCUGUGCGUGCUAGGUGAAUUUGUCGGCACGUUUAUGUUCUUGUUCUUCUCUUUUGCGGGAGCUCAGGUUUCUAAUACACCUAUGCCUGCGCCUGGGUCGCCUCCGAAUACUUCCAAUUUGCUGUACUCGUCUUUGGCUUUUGGGUUCUCGUUGACGGUUAAUGUGUGGGCUUUCUUCCGGGUGACUGGUGGACUUUUCAAUCCCGCGGUUACGCUUGCCCUUUGCCUGACUGGUGGCAUGCCUCCGCUUCGAGGGUUGUUGGUCUUCCCGGCUCAAUUGAUUGGCGGCAUUGCAGCAGCAGGUGUAGUGAGCUGUCUCUUCCCGGGUCCGUUGAACUGCUCUACCCGGCUUGGUGGCGGUGCCUCUAUCUCGCAAGGCUUGUUCAUUGAGAUGUUCCUUACCGCGCAACUAGUGAUUGUCAUCAUCAUGCUAGCUGUCGUGAAGCACAAGUCAACCUACCUAGCUCCUGUGGGCAUCGGUCUGGCGUUCUUCGUUUGUGAGAUGAUUGGUGACUACUAUACCGGCGGAUCACUCAAUCCCGCUCGAUCCCUCGGUCCUGACGUGAUCAACCGAAGUUUCCCCGGAUACCACUGGAUCUAUUGGGUUGGGCCGCUGCUGGGUUCCUUACUGGCGUCUGGAUUCUACCAUCUUCUCUGCUUUGUUCGCUGGGAGAAUAUCAACCCAGGUCAAGACUACAACGAGUGGGAGGCAGCGAGGAAGGCGUCCAUGGCCAAGUCGGAGAACACUUUUACGGAUCAGGUUCAUCGUGAACCAACACCUCCAGAAUCACCUCCAGAUGUCCCUCCCGAGCAACAGGUCUAA